AUGAGCAAAAAUAACGAUCCACUGCUUGCCAAUCUUAAUGCGUUCAAAAACAAAGUGAAAUCAGCACCAGUGGUGACGACGAAAUCGAGCACUCCAUCGAGCAAUGGUUCCACUACAAGUCCCAGAAAGAGACUGGCUUCUCAACGGGAAAAUGGUAAGAAGACCGAAGUCAAAGUGGAGAGUGCUCGCGAUGAGGAAGAUCUAGAUGAUGAAGAUGAAGACGGAUCACCAUCGAAGAAAGUCAGACCAGGUUCCCUCGCAGCAGCAGCUUUACAAGCAAACCAAACGGAUAUUUCAAAGAGUCAUGAUUCUUCGAAGCUGCUAUGGGCGACAGAAUAUGUUCAAAAGAAGGGGAAACCUGUUCUGGUUAAUGAGUUGAUGGACUAUUUAUCAAUGAAGAAGGACGAUAAAGUUCUCGAACUAUUGAAGAAGCUCGAUAAAAUUCAACAUGAUCCCAAGAAAGGAACAUUCAAGUACAUGUCGACGUACGAUGUUCACUCAGCACAGGAAUUGAUCCACUUGCUACGAUCCCAGGUGACAUUCAAGGGAAUAUCAUGCAAAGAGUUGAAGGAUGGUUGGCCACAGUGCGACGAAACGAUUAAUGAGUUAGAAGAAGAUAGUAAGAUACUGGUAUUGAGAACCAAGAAGGACAAAACCCCAAGAUAUGUAUGGUACAACAAUGGUGGUGAGCUUAACCGUAUAGAUGAAGAUUUCGUCAAAAUGUGGGAAAACGUUCAACUACCACAAUUCGCAGAGUUACCAAGGAAACUGCAGGAUCUAGGUUUGAAACCCGCCAGUGUUGACCCAGCUACAGUCAAAAGACAAACCACCAGAGUGGAAGUUAAGAAGAAGAAGCAGAGACGUGGUAAGAUUACGAAUACGCAUAUGGCUGGUAUCCUAAAAGAUUAUUCGCACAAGGCAUAA